CAAAGAAGCAAUUGAGCACUGUCGCAGCUACAACUCUCGUCUGUGUGCUGAGCGAAGCGUCCGCCUUCCCUUCCUGGAUUCGCAAACUGGGGUAGCUCAGAACAACUGCUACAUCUGGAUGGAGAAGAGGCACAGGGGACCAGGCCUGGCCCCAGGUCAGCUGUACACGUACCCAGCACGUUGCUGGCGCAAAAAGAGGCGUUUGCAUCCCCCUGAGGAUUCCAGGCUGAAGCUGCUGGAAAUUAAACCUGAAGUUGAUCUGCCUCUGAAAAAAGAUGGGUUCACCUCAGAAAGUACAACUCUCGAAGCCCUGCUGCGAGGAGAGGGAAUAGAGAAAAAAACAGACACUAAAGAGGAAGACACUAUACAAGAAAUCCAGAGGGUUUUAGAAAAUGAUGAAAAUGCAGAUGAAGUGAAUGAGGAAGAGGAUUUGGAAGAAGAUAUUCCAAAACGAAAGAACAGGCCUAGAGGACGGCCAAAGACCCCCACCUGGAAAAAAAUUUUCCAGAAAAAUGCUCGGGGAUCUGGAGGUGGCAGGAGACGGAAUGAUGCUGCCUCCCAGGAUGAUCAUGACAAACCCUAUGUUUGUGACAUCUGUGGCAAGCGUUACAAGAACAGGCCUGGGCUGAGCUACCACUAUGCUCACACCCACCUCGCCAGCGAAGAGGGUGAUGAAGCCCGUGAGCAGGAGACCCGCUCUUCCCCUGUCCACAGAAAUGAAAACCACAAACCCCAGAAAGGACCAGACGGGGUCAUCAUUCCCAAUAACUACUGUGACUUCUGCCUUGGAGGCUCCAAUAUGAACAAAAAAAGUGGCCGGCCUGAGGAACUUGUAUCGUGCUCAGACUGUGGGCGCUCUGCUCAUUUGGGAAGAGAAGGCAGGAGGGACGAAGCAGCGCCAGCACGCACUACGGAGGACUUGUUCGGUUCCACGUCAGAAAGCGACACCUCGACCUUUCAUGGCUUUGACGAGGACGAUGCAGAAGAGCCUCUCUCAAGCCGAGGAGGUGGCUGUGGUAGCAGCUCUCCCUCUGCAGACAAAAAGGGCGGCUGCUAAAAUAACUAAAAAGACACACAAACUCUGAGCAAUUUGCUGUCCUUUUUACUACUAGGAUUAUUAUUACCUUUUUCUUUUUUUAAUUUUAGGUCCUUGGGUUUUUGGGUUUUUUUUGUUGUUAUUUUUGUUGUU